AUGGCAGAGAAGAAUCAAAUACCUACGCCUCCGACAUCGAGCUCAAUACACAGCUCGGCGGCUGUCUCCCCGAGCUCUCCAUCUAAAAAAGGAUUUUUUUACAAAUUAUUAAAGAGAAGGGCAGUACUGCAAGCAUCUACAACUCUGGGAACGCUGGAUAAUCUGCUGGCAACAAGAGUGCUGUCUGCAAGGGGACCACAGUAUCUUCUGGGAGACACUUCAUCAGUGAGUCGAAAUAGAUCCCUUAAAAGAAACAAUAAAAGCUCAUCUAGUGGAAUAGAUGAUAACAAUACUCGCCCUUCUACAAGAGGAAGAAGAGGAAUAUCAUUCUCGGAUAGUCAUCCGGGGACUGAAAUAUUUGCAACGAAAUCCAACGCCGAACCUCAUAGAUCUAGACGAAGUAGAAGUAGGAGUAACUCGAAUGCUCCCAAUGGCAAUUGCAUUGAUAACGAAAAAGAAAGCAUAUAUAACGAGGAAGACGUUGAUAACGAUACUGUUGACCACUUCAGGGGUUCUGAUACUGCGUCGCUAGGCUCAUCAGUGGAUGACUCUAGUUCUUUUGGGUCUUUAAGUGAUCAAACAAGCGAAACCACCAUAGGAGAGCGAGAUAAAGAUGAAAAGAUAAAGUUUCCAAGCAUAGUUGACAAAUCAGGUAAUGAUCUAUCACUGGGUUCAGAAGGUGAUGACACAUUGCCGUGGCUGAAUUUGACGUAUGAGUCGUUACUUUUUCCAAAGUAUAUAAGAAAUUUUAGGAAAAACAAGCAUAGUCCAAAAAUUUUAAAUAAUGUUUUCUUGGCUCAAGAACUACAGUUCGAAAGUAAGGAUGUUUUUCAUGAUUUUGAAUCCAAUUCUAUUGACUCCGCUGAAGUAAAUGAUUUCGAAAAGCUUAACCGACUGAAAUCUAGCUUGCUGAAAGAUGGACCAAGAAAUGUGGCUAAUAAAAGCGGUGAGAUAUUCGUUAUGGAAUUCAGUAGGGAUGGGAAGUAUUUAGCAGCAGCUGGACGAGAUUCAACUAUCAAGAUUUGGAAAGUAAUUUCCUCUCCAUUGGCAAGGCUCGAGUUUAGAAAUUAUGAGUUUGAAAACUCUGAAAAUGGAAAAAAAUGUAAAAGCAGGGACAAGACCUUCAGAUCUGCUUCUAUAUUUCAUCAAGAACCUAUUAGAGUUUUGAAGGGGCACCGUCAUUCCAUUCUUUCACUCGACUGGAGCAAGAAUAAUUUUUUGAUAUCAGGAAGUAUGGACAGAACAGUGAAAUUGUGGCAUGUGGACAGGGAUGAAUGCUUAGACACUUUUGAACACGAAGACUUUGUGACUUGUGUGAAGUUCCAUCCUCUAGAUGAUCGGUUUUUCUUGAGCGGGUCUUUGGACAAUAACGCUAGAUUAUGGUCGAUUUUGGAAAAGCAAGUGGCAUAUAGUAAGAAUUUGGGAGAUGACGUACUUAUAACGGCAUCAUCAUUCACUCCAGAUGGGAAAUAUUGCAUAAUAGGUGGGUUCAACGGAUCAAUUUAUGCGUUAGAGACUAAAGGGCUCUAUGUUAUACAUCGAGUUGAAAUCAAAGACAGGUCUCUAGUGCAUCCAUUUCGUAAUAAGAAUGACAAUAAGAUUACUGGUAUAAAAGUUUUCAAGAAUAGUGCACCUCCUAAAGCAAUAUUAGAAAAAGAACCUUUGGCCGAAUGGAAUUUUUUAAUAACUACAAAUGAUUCAAAAAUAAGGUUAGUAAACACGUCACUGAAAAAAUUAGUGACAAGAUUCAAGGGAUUAACUAAUGUGAACUCAUCUAUAGUUGCUAAUACUAGUGCCGAUUAUCGAUACAUUAUAUGCGGCUCUGAAGACCAUUGGUGUUAUAUUUGGGAAAAUAACAAUACAAUUAUAAAUAAUAGACUUAAGGUUGCACUAAAAGAUCUAAUGAUAGAAGGUAAGCAUCAUAUAAGCGACAUGCAUAAGCACAAAAAGUCUGAAAAAGAAAUCGAAAAAGGAAAAGGAUUAAGCCCUCUUGGACCAGGGGAUGAGAGUAGUUUGAUCGCUAAUGAAAAUAGUAGUUAUGCCACUUUUCACGCUCACCAUUCUAGCGUAAAUGUAGCGAUGUUUGCACCUUUAGCAACAACAAAGCUUCUUGAAUCGUCUGAUGAUGUAAUUUAUCAGCUAGCGAAAAGGGGCUUGGAAAAAAAAUCAACAGAACUUUUACGAAGUUUGUCUUCAGAAGAUGAACCAGAGAAUAACUAUAACGAUACAUCUCAUGGAUUUAUAAUAGUGACUACUGAUGAUAAGGGACUUAUUCGUAUAUUCCGUCAAGAUUCCGGAUACAAAUUUAGGAAAGCUUUACUGGAUAUAUAUAAGCAUGAAAAAAAUCAUAAAAACAAGCAGAAUGAGAUUUGUUCAAGUCCGAGAAUAAAUUUUGAAACCAAAAACAUGAAUAGCAAAGCAUCGAGCUUGAAGUUAGAUAUAGGUAAGAAAUUAACAAGACGAGGGAAAUCUUUAAGCUCGCACAAUAGAUGCUUACCGCAUAAACGUGGAAUUGAGAGGGUGAAAGGAUAUGGAUUUACGACCCCAAAUACUUCCAGCGAAGACUUGCACCCAAGAGGAUCAGAUAUUCCUGCAAAUGUGGUCGCGUCGAGUGCCUUGAUGACUUCUGCAAAUAUUCAUAAUCAAUCUUCUCCUCAUCUUUUGAGUAGUUCUGAAGGAAGCUUGCAUGUUACAAAUGAGCUAGAACGUCCUCUGCAAAAAGAUUCAUCGUUCAAUUCCCAGCCCCAAGAAGAAAUUUCGCGGUCAAACUCUCACUACACAUUAGCUACACCUGUUGAUGAGAAUGGCCCAUCGAUCAAUCAACAUUCAAAUAAAUCUGAAGUUCCGAGACGUGAUAAAAAACCACCUUUAAUAGUAAGAACAAAAUUUGACGACGACAAAUCUCAGCACAUAGAUUUUCAGACGCCUACCACAAACUCAAAGCUCCAGCAUUACUGA